ACUGAGAUAAAAGAUGAAAUAUUAGUCAGUACAUGUUUUGUGAAACGUAUGGACUUGUUAACACAAUGUUUAUAUCGGCCAUUAUUUUAUCGACUAUUCUAACCGUCGAUGCAAAAUUCAGAAUAUUUUUAACGGAGAGUCCAAUCCAAAAAAUCGGCGGAAGACUUUAUAAGCAGGAGUUAUUAACGAGCAAUUUCAAGGAUCCGAAGGAACUUGCAUACGACUCGUCAACAAGGAAUCUAUAUUUCAUGUAUAUGGAUGAUAGUAUACAAAAUUCUGGAAGGGCCUUCAUUAAUGUUGUUACUAAAGACGCUAAAACAAUAUCUGGAAUACAGAGAAACAAAGCAACAGCUGUAGAUGCUGAAAACGGAGACGUAUACUUUGGUUCUGAUAACGGUCUUUAUAAAUAUGACCCAGUUUCAAAUGAAGCAAUCAAUGUUGGAUUAUACAAUAUGAAUAUUUUCAAAAUUGUUAUCAGGAAUAAUGAAAUGUACAUCAUUGAUGCGAACAAUCAUAUGAUUUAUAAGAUUUUUAAUUUAGGAACACAGGCGGUAAGAGUUGGAGAUAUGAAAACUGUGAUGGAAUUUGAUGUUGAUUUUAAUAAGAAUAUACAUUUCGUGACGAUGUGCGGCGUUUUUUGUGCAAUAUCUGGUGGCGAAGUUAUUAAGAAUAAAGAUUUGAGUGUGGUUUAUCAUUUUAUUAGUGACGAAUUGAAAACAUUCGGUGUCAGUGAUGAUGGUUUAUAUGAAAUAGAUUGUAUAAACGGAACAGCGAAGAAAGUGGCCAAACUAUUCUUUUUUCCAAAAAGUAUAAUAUUUGGUGAUUAUGGUGAUAUAUUCUAUAGUGUCGAAGAUAAUAUUUAUAGGUUGAAGCCAAUUAAUACAUAUCAUGUUUAUAAUAUAAAACGUAAGAAUACUUAAUAUAUUAAAGAUUUUCAGCCUUACAAAUAAACAUGUUAUAAUAUACCUGAUAAUAAACAAAGAUUAUGCAAAAUAUUUAUUAUAUCGUUGAAAACAAUGUCAACACAAUGAUACUUCUGAAGAUUUCCGUAUGUCAGGCAGCCUUGAAAAUGAACGCGGGACCCCUUAACCAUCCAAAUAAACCAAUCAUAACCAAAAUAUGUAAACAUAUUUCAUAUUCUUGGUUUUUGGUAUUGGUAAAGGGCUCCUGUUUCCGCAAUUAGACCGCUUAAUUGGGUCCAUUUUGCGUGCAGUGUUGGCCAGUCAUUCCAACCAGCCCAGCUCCUUCCAGAAGUUCAGAACACUCCUGGGGUGUUCGCAGACUUCCUGGAGCGACCUUGUAUUUACUAAGGUUGUUGCCCGUUGGUUGGCCACCCCAGCACAUUCCAGGAUUACAUGAGUGACCGUUUCAUCUUCGGUUAAACAGCCCCUGCACCUAGGACUGUCCGUAACGCCGAUUGUAAAUGGGUGCUUGUUCAGUGAUGUGUGACCGGUUAGGGAUAUUCUUGGUUUAUUCUCCGGUAUAAUUUUAUACUAAGUUUAUUCAUAAGGCUGUUAGUUUUUUAGUCUGAUAAGAUUCGGAAAUAAUAAGAUUUUGUACUUUUUGAUGAUAAUAAUAAAAGUAAUGCAUACCACUUCGUUUUCAUGAUCGUAGCUGUGGUCAUGACCAUGGUUUUGAUCAUGGCCGUGAUUUUGACCGUAACCGUUAUUUUGUCCGUGAUUAUAAUUAUGACCUUGAGCAUGUCCGUUGUAAUCAGAACCGGAGAAUCCAUUGUGUGGUGGUAAGUAGGUGUUCUGUAGAGAAUAAUCUGGAAAAAUAAAAUGAAGGUAUAAUAUAAAAAUAAAA